GAGGCGGGGCUGCGGGAGCGGUGGCGGCCCCGGCCCCGGCCCGGUCGCGGUGCCAUUCGGAUCCCCGUCCCCGCCCGGCAGCGCCCAUGUCCCCGGGACGAUGCUGUUCUCCCUGCGGGAGCUGGUGCAGUGGUUGGGCUUCGCCACGUUCGAGAUCUUCCUGCACGGGCUGGCGCUGCUGGCCUUCUCCGUGCUGCUCGUCCUGAAGGUGGACGGUCAGGCCGCCGCGCUCUCAUGGUGGGUCGUGUUCGUCCCCUUCUUCGCCGCCGACGGCCUCAGCACCUACUUCACCACCAUCGUGUCGGUGCGGCUGUUCCAGGACGGCGAGAAGCGCCUGGCCGUGCUGCGGCUCUUCUGGAUCCUCACCAUCCUCAGCCUCAAGUUCGUCUUCGAGAUGCUGCUGUGCCAGAAGCUGGUGGAGCACACCCGGGAGCUCUGGUACGGGCUCAUCAUGUCGCCUGUCUUCAUCCUGCUCCAGCUGCUGAUGAUCCGGGCCUGCCGGGUGAACUGAGGCAGCCGUCGCCCCGGCCGGCCUGCGCCUGGCUCCCGGCGGCCUUGGACUCGUAGCCGUGGCCGUGGGGUCGUGCCCGGCUGUGGCUGUGCAGGGGCUGGCUCGGGUUGCAGCCUGAGGGGGGGCUGUGGUUACACGUGCUGCUGGGGUGGGGACCAUCAUGUUUCUCCAGAAGAUCCUUUUGCGCCGUGACCUUGCUGUGAUCCCCUCAGCCCGUGGCGUUGGAGGGUCCUGCCACGCAAGCGCUGGUUGAUGUGCCAGUGGUUUAAUAAACGGGCAUGGAAGGGGUAGCUUUAUGGA